AUGUCUGAAUCCGAGGGUUUCGAUAUUGUAAAUCGCGAAGAGUCAAUUCUUUCCGGCGAGGAGACGACAGCCACUGGGGCAUCUGCUUCUCCCGAAGCCAGCCCCAAGAAGAGCGCCCCGAAUGGCUCCAAACCUCCCAGCGUUGCUGCUUCCCCAAAGGCAAAAGUAGGAGCCUCCUCAACGACGACUGGCGUCCGCCGUCCGGCUGCCCCCGGUACAAUCGCAUCCAAGACCACCACACCGGGCUCGGCGGCCAAGCCUGCGAGCGGUCUCAAGCAGCCCCCCACUCGCCCGCCCGCCGGCACUGUCAAGAGACCUGCCGCACCUGGAACUACCGCUCCCAGUACCGCUACCCACAAAUCGCGCCCCUCGAUAUCGGAUAGUGAGAAGAGCACCGUCUCUAUGAGUGGCACCGCUCGCCGCCACUCUGUUCUUCCUGGUGCCAGCUCCUCACCCGCUGCGAGAACUACCAGACCUACUAGCACGAUCGCAGCUUCGACCACAGCUGCCGCAAGAAAACCUGUGGCCACUACUGGUCCUACUGCUUCGCCUCGUGCCAGCACCAGCACGAGACCCACGACUUCGAGCACAACCCCGGCUAGCCGACCUACGGCGAGCCGCUUAUCAACUGCUUCAUCUAUCGGUGCUAAGUCUGCCAUCUCGAAACCUGCUGCUACGACUACGAGAACCCCUGGGCAUGCAGCUCGACCAUCUACCUCUUCCUCGUCAGCUGCAGCAGCCGCUGUGGAGGAGCUCAAAUCACAGCUAGCUGAGAAGGAGUCCGAGAUCGAAGCCCUCAAAUCGCAAGUCGCAUCUUCGGCAGAAAAGGUCACCGAGCUGGAAGAGAAGAUCAAGACAGGGGCUGAUGGUUCUGGGGGCGGUGACGAUGCCGCCAACAAGGUCCACGAAGAACUAUUUGAGAAUCUGAAGUCUACACACGCCUCGGAGAAGGAGUCUCUGGAUGCUGAGAUAGCACAAGCUUUGGAGAAGUUGAAGAUCGCUGAGGAACAACUCGACUCUCACAAGACUCAGCUCUUUGAAGCCACCAGUGCCCAAGAAGGAAAGGAAAGCCAGCUUGCAGAUCUACAGAGCACGCUGGUGACGCUUCAGGCCGAGAAAGAUGCAAACGCACAAGGCCGCGAGGCUGCCCUCUCGCAGCUGGCCGAGGAUCAUGCCUUGGAGGUUGCAAAGGUUCAAGAGUCGCUGGAAGAACAGCACGCCGCUGCAGUCGAGGCUUUAAAGCUUUCUCAUGCAGAUGAGCUCAACAACCGCAAGUCUGCCACUGGGGACCAUGAACAGGCCCUCUCAAACCUCAAGAUUGCCAACGAGGAACUGAAAAAGGAGGUUAACGAAUUGACUGCUGCGACUGCGAGCGAGAGUGAAGCGACACAUUCCAAGCUUACUGCAUUGGAAGCUGAGCUGUCAGAGCUAAGGGCCGCCGCUGAACAAGACAAGGCAGCAUUGGCUGCUUCGCAAGCAGAGGCUGAGGAGUUGAAGACAAAGCUCGCUGAAGCCACUGAGCUAUUGGAGACUACCAAGGCCGAGUUGGACUCGGUCCGCACUGAGUUUACCGCCAUGAAGGAGGAUAUGAGCAGGUCGACAGCUGACUCCGAGUCUCAAGCCAAACUAGCUGAGGAUUUUGAAAAGUUCAAAGCUGACCACAAAGCCGCCGUUGAAAGACAUGAAAAUCAACUCAAAACCAUCUCACAAGACUACGAAGACGAGAUUGAAAAGCUUCAAGGCGAGGCGCAUUUCAAGCGCAAGUUUCAGGAGCUCGAGACGAAGCAUGGCGAGUUAGAGGAGGAGCAUACCAAGUUGACAAGCUCCCACGAGUCUGCAGUCAAGGAGCAUGAGGAAGCUCUUCAGGCCACCAAGGAAGCGCACGCUGCUGCCCUCGCUGCACUUUCUGCCAAGGAAGAGGAGCACACCAACUCCUUGCAAGAUCUGAAGGUCAGCCAUGCCGCCGAGUUGGAACAGGCCCAAAGUGGUGCUUCGACCGAUAAAGAAGCUCACCAAAAAGUCUUGGGAGAUCUACAGGCCACUCAUGCUGCUGCGCUGGAGCAGGCCAAGGCAACUGCUGAGGCCGAGCUGGAAAUCCUACGGCAAGAGAUAGAGUUGCUUAAAGCUACUCAUGCCGCUGCGCUGGAACAGGCACAAAAGCAACUCGAAGAGUUGGAGGGGAAGCAUGCAGAAGAGAUAGCGAACUAUCAGAAGAAGACCCAAGAACUUGGUGUUCUCACAGAGACUUUGCAAAAGGAAGCUGAACAAACGGUCUCUGAAGUCACGGCUCUCAAGGAACAUCACCAGAAAGAGCUUGAGGAACUCAACGCCAGUCAUGCUGCUGAGUUGGGCGAUCUGCAAAAAGAGGUUGAAAGACUCGGCGCCGAUCAAGCCGCCGCUGGUGAGCAGGCACAAUCCGGACUUCUGGCGCUCAAGGAGUCCCACCAGAAUGAAUUGGAGGAGCUUAAUACCAAACACGCCGCUGCAUUGGAGGAAGCCCUGAAUGGCGCAUCGACCAAUAAAGAGGCUCAUUCCAAGGAGCUUGAGGAGUUGAAAGCUAGCCAUGCCGCUGCACUCGAGGAAGCUCUGAGUGGCGCGUCAAACAACAAAGAGGCUCACUCCAAGGAGCUUGAGGAGCUGAAAGCUAGCCAUGCCGCUGCACUCGAGGAAGCUCUAAGCGGCGCAUCAACCGACAAAGACGCCCACUUGAAAGAACUCGAGUCGUUGAAGGCUAGCCAUGCUACUGCGCUAGAGCAGGCUCAAGGUGGCGCAUCAGCGGACCGAGAGGCUCAUCAGAAAGAAGUAGAUGAUUUGAAGACAAGCUAUGCCGCUGCCACCGAAGCUCUGAAUGCCAAGGAACAAGAUCACCAGAAAGCCCUUGAUGCACUUCAAGCAAGUUUUGCGAUGGACCUGGAGGCAGCCAAGAGCGGUGCCUCUACAGAUAAAGAAGUCCACUUGGCAGAAUUGUCAGAGCUCAAAGCUAGCCAUGCCAAAGCUGUUGAAAUCAUGAAAGAGGAAAGUCACGGCUCUCUAACAAAGGAGCUCGAUGAUCUGAAAGCAGCCUACACUGAGCAGAUCAACAAGCUUACCCAGGACUCAGAUUCUCGCAUCGAAGAGUUAAAGAGUAGUCAUAAGUCAGAGUUGGAGAGUAAGAUAUCUACUGAGACUGCCCACGCUGAACAGCUGGCUGCUCUGCAUGAGGCUUUAGAAAGGGCUCAAGAAGACAUUGUUACUGCCAACCAAAGUCACUCUGCUGCGCUCGAAGCUUUCAAGAAGCAAAGCGACGACGCUCACUCGGUCGAGGUUGAGAAGCUCAUUACCAUGCAGUCCGAAGCCCUGGACGCUGCACGACAGGAAGCUUCUGGUUCGCACCUGGACGCUAUCGUUGCACUUGAGGCGAAGCAACUUCAAGCUGUCGAAGAUCUUACACGUGAACACGAAAGCAAGCUUGCUGCUGCCGCGGCUAAUCUGGCCAAGCAUCAGUCUGCUUCUUCCGAACACGAGACAGCUUUAAUUUCUGCCAAAGAGGCCUUGGCAAAGGCACAAGCCGAAGCCGAAGAUCUACAUGGCAAGCUAUCUCAGGCCACAGCUGCUAACGCUGAAUUGACCAAGUUACAAGAGGAAUCCGACGAGCUUAGACAGCAACUUGCAGAAGCCAAAAUGAACAACGUUGAGUUAGAGGCCGCGCUUGACGCUGCCAAGAAUAAGAGACCCGACACUUCUGUGGCUGAUGCUCUCAAGAAAGAGUUGGACGAAGUCAAAAAGCAGUUCCUUGCGGAUAUUGACGGACUCAAGGCCGAGAAGCAGCAAUUGCUUGAAGAAAAGAAACUGGCGGUUUUGGAUUAUGAGGAUCUUGCCAAGCAGCAUGCUGCAGACCUGAAAAAAAUUGCAGAAAACUCAGAUGAAAGUGCCAAGGAGGUUGCUGGGCUUCAGAAAGAGUUGCAGGAGAGACAGGCAAAGUUCGAAAAGAUCGAGGAAGAACUUGCUAGCAUCAAGCAAGACAACAAUAUUUCCAGGAAGGAAUUUGAGGCUCACAAGGACGAGACCGCUGCCAAGGUACAAAGAUACGAGGCUGACUACAAUGACAUGUACGAGAGCAUGACUACUAUGGUCAUGGAAGAACAAAAGAAGCGGGAUGCUCUGGAGAAGAGCUUGAGAGAUGCCGAGGAGGAGGUUAGGGAGGCUGCGAAGAUCAGGUCCCAUUUUGAUGAGUUGCAGGCGCAGCUCAAGGUCAAAGAUGCCGAAAUUGCCGAAGCCAAGGCAAAUGCAGCAACGCCCGCCAAGAGAGGUGGUUUGGCGUCUAGUAGAUUCGCUGAUGCCAAUGGUGACGAUAGUGGCCCUGACAAUUCAACGGCAUCUUCCGAGGCGGAAGGUGAGGAUCCAUACUCCGUUGCUGUAGCCUCGGUGCGCGCCAACCACCCCCUGACCCGCAGGCCUACACUCUUACUGCACAAACAAACCCGUGAUUGA